AUGAAUUCGGACACGCAACACGGAACGCCGUCGUAUUGGUGCUACAGCUGCACUCGCUUUGUUCACCUCUCAUCGCAAUCUACCAUCGCCUGUCCCCACUGCCAGAGAGGCUUUGUCGAAGAGAUCCGCGCCGACGCCUCGCCGCGUCACCGUCUUAGCCCUUUCCCCGACAACCAUCUUUCUCUCCGCCGACAGGGCUUCCGCCGCCGUCGCCGCGACGCCGCCGGCAGCCGCUCUCCCUUCAACCCUGUCAUCGUGCUUCGCGGCCCCGGCGAUGACUCCGCCGCCGAACAAGAAGGUGCCAGCACCUUUGAGCUCUUCUACGAUGAUGGCGAUGGCACUGGACUUCGCCCCCUCCCGCCCACCAUGUCGGAGUUCCUCCUCGGCUCCGGCUUCGAUCGCCUCCUCGAGCAGUUCGCGCAGAUCGAGAUGAACGGCUUCGGCCGCCCGGAGAAUCCACCGGCGUCCAAGGCGGCGAUCGAGUCCAUGCCGACGAUUGAGAUCGGCGAAGCGCAGGUCCAUAUUGACGCUCACUGCGCCGUGUGUAAGGAGGCGUUUGAGCUCCACGCGGAGGCGCGUGAGUUACCCUGCAAACACAUUUACCACUCCGAUUGCAUCCUCCCGUGGCUUUCCAUGCGGAACUCGUGCCCGGUGUGCCGCCACGAGCUUCCUUCCGAUUUGGAAACUAGGGUUCCGAGUCAGAUCGACGAGGAGGCGAUAGGGUUAACUAUCUGGAGGCUUCCCGGCGGGGGAUUUGCCGUGGGGCGUUUUUCCGGUGGCCGGAGAGCCGGCGAGAAUAAUUUCCCGGUGGUGUACACGGAGAUGGACGGUGGGCUGAACACGAACGGAGCUCCAAGGAGGAUUUCUCGGUCGGUGAGAAGCAACAGGGUUAGGGAGAGUCGAGGGUUUGGUAGGGUUAUUCGCAAUUUCUUUUCAUUCUUUGGAAGAAUCGGUUCUAGAAACUCUUCUUCUUCGUCGCUCUCAUCUUCUGAACAUGCUUCUAUGAGUAGAAGCCGCAGUCAAGCGAGUUCAGUCUUCAAUAGAAGCUCGCGGAGCAGAACCUUUGUCUUGGAUGAUUAA